AUGACAGGCAAAGAAUGUGAUUGGGAGUUUGAAGUUGGUCAAGAAUUUCAGUCAAGACUCAUUGACACUAGUGGAUUUGCAGAAAGCGUUGAAAACCCCAUUUUCACAAGAAAAGACACAAAAGAAUCAUUUCAAUGGCGAAUUAGGAACCUGCCUUAUCCAAGAAAUAUUUACGACAUCAGUAUUGAGAAUAAUUUCAUAAUAGUCAAGACAACUAACAAAAAGUAUUAUAAAAGGUUCUCAAUCCCUGAUAUGGUGAGACUGAAUCUAAACAUUGAUCGGUCUAAUUUGUCCUAUGAUCAUUUCAACAACACUCUUAUCAUUACAUACAAAAAGCCUUCAAAAGUUUUGGAACACGAAAGAAAUAUAAUAAACGAGAUCAAAAAAGCGAACAAAAAAUACCCUGAUUUACAACCCCAGUCUGCCAUAAACAUCACCGAUCCUUGUCAAUAUCCCAUUCCAGUUGGGAUCGAGAAGUACUACAUUCCAGACAGCAACUUGUGGGCAACUUCUCUGACCAACAAAGCUAGGGAAGCCAGAUUUGCCAGACUGCGUGGAUGGAAAGGUGGAGGCGCCUGGACAGCAGGGACGUCAGACUCAAACCAGUAUCUCGGCAUUGAUUUGGGCUACAGGCAGGUCAUAAAGUUCAUAGAGACCCAGGGUAGGAGAGGAAGUAAUGAAUUUGUACUGGAGUACUACGUCUGGUUCUCCGAUGAUAACACUACAUGGAGAGUCUACACUAAUGAAUAUGGAACGCCGAUGUUAUUCCAAGGCAACACAGACGACAACACGGUAGUACGUAACUCUCUACCAUACCAGCUGAUAGCUAGAUACAUUAGGAUCAACCCGCAGAGAUGGAAUAGAUUCAUUUCACUCAGAGUUGAGCUACAUGGCUGUAGAUUUGAGGGCUUGCUGUUCUACGCGGAUGGCAACCAGGGAGAUUACCUGAUUGUUGAAAUGCUGAGAGGAAAACUUUAUAUCAACUAUGAUCUUGGAUCGACAGCCGAGGAGACUGGGGACACGACGACGAGGGCCGGAAGUUUACUGGACGAUAAUCAGUGGCAUGAUGUGGAGAUCGUCCGAGAUAAGAGGUACAUCACUGUCAGUGUGGACAGGAUGAAGAUCAACAACGUCACCCUUGGAGAUUUCAUCCAACUAGAUCUUGAUAAGCAGAUCCAUCUUGGAGGCAUAGACAACUUCCUGCAGCCGGGCAAACGUUUGAGAACGCGGGAAAACUUCACCGGAUGUAUGGAGAACGUCUGGUUCAAUUACAUGAACAUGAUACAAGACUCGAGAACCAAUCAGAAGAGGUUCACCUCGGAAAUUGUGACCCCAGUAUCGCUACCGUACGUUGACGCCUACAUUGAGAUAACUGACAUGUCACCAGAUAGAAGGAUUAGGAUAACGUUUGAUUUCAGGUCCUACAACAAGGACGGACUGCUCAUCCUUACCAAUCCAACUCCUGGAAAUCAGAGAUUCAUUUUUAAACUAAACGCUGACGGUCACUUCGAGUACAGCAUACAAACAGAUAAGGACCCUGUGGUUCACAACGUUAUCAUCAAUCGUGACCCCUUAGCCGAGUCCUCUUCCUUUACUGACGGCUUGUGGCACAGCGUAGACAUCGACAUCAUAGCCAGCCAGGAUAGGACACCAGGGAGGGUCAGUGUCACAAUUGACGGGAAAGAUGAUGCUGGAGGGGAGACGGGGUUUGUUGGUUGCUUACGAAAGCUCUACGUUCAAGGUCAGUCCAUGUUCACAAUAGACAACAACCAGGCUAAUGCCAAGCUGAUUGGAAAGAUCAAGUGCGAUCCGAACCCAUGCGAGCACGGUGGCUUGUGCUCGCAGAGCUUCGAGACGUUCCAAUGCGACUGUGGAGAUACUGGAUAUGGGGGCGCAGUCUGCCACAGAUCGAAGCACUUGAUUUCAUGUGAGGAGGCCAAGUGGUUGUACUACUUGGACGGCGAGAUAGAUAUAACGAUUGACAUUGACGACUCCGGUCCAUUGUUACCCUUUAAAGUGCACUGCAACUUUAAAGAUAGCAUCAAGUUAGACUCGGACGCCUUACAAUACGACGAAACCGUGAUGGCACUCUCCCACGAUUCCACUGGUACCAUGCUGGUGGACGGGUACCAGGAGCCCGGGGCCUACGUGCGCAAGAUCAUAUACGAUGCCCAGAAAGAAGAGAUUGAUGAGAUUGUAAGAAGGGCCCAGAGGUGUGAACAGUACAUCAAAUAUACAUGCUUCCAAUCGAGGCUGCUCUCUGAUGCAGGCAUAGCCGAUCUGAACAGGCCGAGCUGGGGUUGGUUCGUAGGUAAAGAGAUGACAGUUGAACGGUACUGGGGGGGCUCGGCCCCGGACAGCCGCAAGUGCGCAUGCGGCCUGAAAAACGAGUGCAAGUACAUGGGCAGUCAGUCCAACAACCCGUGCAACUGUGACGCUGGCAUGGCCCACGACGACGUCUUUGACGACGGCUACCUCUCCGAGAAGGACAGACUGCCCGUCAAGGAGCUACACUUCGGAGAUACUGGCGUCAUUGGCGACGAGAAGUGGGGCAAGCAUGAUCUUGGCCCUCUCAGGUGCUCCGGAGAUGCUCUGUACACGAACGUGGUGACUUUUAGAAAAGAAGACGCGACCCUCGAGCUGCCCACCUACCCAGGGGCCGUAUCGGGGGAUAUCAGGUUCCAGAUCAGGACGACAGCUUCGGACGGCAUCAUACUUCAGAACACUGGGCCCUACAACUUUCUGGAAGUCAAGAUUGUCUUUGGAAACAUAAUACAGUUUCGUUUUGAAGUUGGGAAUGGCAUCCAGACAUUGGAGCUGCAGACGUCCUAUCCUAUCAAUGAUGAUAAUUGGCACACUGUCCAGAUCGAGCGGAACCGGAAACAGGCGAUGUUGAGGGUUGACCAGCAGUCCCCAGUGUACCUGGACGAACCUGUCGACCAGGAGUUCAGGCAGUUCAACCUCACCAGCAAAUUAGUUGUCGGUGCAGCAGUAGAUUACAGUCAAGGUUACGUAGGUUGCGUUCGGGGCUUCCAAGUUAAUGGUGUCCUGCAAGAUCUGAUGGGCAUUGUCCAGAGAGGAGAAACUACUUAUGGGGUGUCACCGGGUUGUGUACAGAAAUGUUCAAGCAACCCAUGUUUCAACGGUGGCAUCUGCGUGGAGUACUACUCGAGGUAUUGGUGCGAUUGUGCCUACACCUCUUUCAGAGGAUGGAACUGCGGAAGAGAAAUCGGAGUGACUCUGCAGCCUAACAAUAUGAUUCGCUGGGAGUUCGACCAAUUGUCUGGCGACAUUUCAACCACGGAAGAAGAAAUCAUAAUUGGAUUUUCAACUCAAGAGAAGCAUGGCCAGUUGAUGUAUAUUAGAAGCCAGAACAAGCCAUACGAUUAUAUGUCCAUUGAAAUGAAUAACAAUGGUGGGAUAAAGGUCAUCAUAGACGUGGGGUGGUUCCGUGAUGAGGUCAACACGAUCCUUGACCCCUACGUUGACCUCGCCAACAGCCAGCAGCAUGUCGUUAGGGUGAAGAGGACCAACCAGGGGACUACCCUCACCAUUACGGUUGAUGACUACCCUCCGACGAGAAAAGAUUGGACGGACGUUCCGAGAAACGCUGACACCAGACUGGACAACCCAAGGUACAUCUACUUCGGAAGAAAUGAAACCACACCAGCCGGACUGGGGUACAGGGGUUGCUUGUUCAGGGGCCAGUGGGAUAACCAGUUCCCACUCAAAAGAGUUUUCCAGGAUCCCAGAGGGCCUAACGUCAUCGUCGAACCACCCGGUUCAGUUCGAGAGGACAUGUGUGGUUUCGAGGAGUACAGCUUGGCUCCUGACGUCAUGGAGUUCCGGCCGACCCCCUCCCUCCGUUUGAGCACUACCACCCCGUACUGGGGAGAUAUCGGGUCAGGCCAGAUGACCAUUGGUGACCAGGCUCUUCUCGGAGGUUGCAUCGGUGUCUUCCUUAUCCUAUUGGGCGGAAUCUUCUUCCUCUGCACCAGAUACUACUACAAACGCAAGCGCGAAUACCGAACGUACGAAGCCAAAGAUGCCGAAUACUUUGACAAUGCCGAUUAUGCCCUGGUUAUCGGUUCCAACAAACAACCGGAAUUUUUAUUUUCAAUUCCUUUAGAUGAAAAUUUCAAAAGUUCGGCUUGUAAAGCCAGUUAA